GAAGAAUCCAGACUUUGUCAGCUGUCUGAGAGUAAUACAGAAAUAAUUAUCAGAGAGCAUGCUCUACCAAAAGAUACAGAGCAGCUGCUGAGUUGGGCUGAAACAAUGUUUGGUGCCGUCACAACACUUGUUCAGUAUUCAUUGGUCAAUAAUGUUUACCUAACCCUAGGGGAAGAUUCCUUGGCGCCAAGCACUUGCACACUCCAGGAGAACUUUCUGUCUGAAAAAUACUUGGCAUCAGAGCUGAAGCCAUAUUCUUUGCAGGGAUGCAUCAAUCAUAACCAACAACUUAUCCCUGAUGUUCAUGUGAUCUGCUUGCAAGAAGGUACCUUCAAUCCAUAUAGUGUUUUGCAGACUCAGAUCAUUAUAGAAAUACAAUCACAGCAGACUAAUCACACCAUCCAGUGUCAUCUAAUCCUCAUCCUACAGAAUAAGAAGCCUAUCAGCUGUGUGGUGCGAUCACACAAUGCCCAUGGUCAGCUGACUGUGCAUGCAUCAGAUAGUAUUACAAUCACUGUUAACACAGAGCCAUCCUUGAUAGUGAAGAAGAUGUCUUUGCCCAACUUGAGCACAUCCAAGGAUCUACACAGCUGGACCCAACAGCAUCGGCUUCCUUCCGUGACAUCCUACACAGAGGCUAAGCUUGCUAAUAGAUUACGUAUUAUCAUCAGAGACAAUGGUGGGACUGAACCAAAGGCUCCUAGUUACUCUUGUUCCACAGAUAAAGACAUUCAGCCAGCAAAUGAUCCCAAGGAAGCCUGGUCACAGCUCACCUUAGAAAGUGGGAAGGAAGCAACAUUAAAACAGAACGGCAUCAAUCAGACUUUGGAAAUUGUGAAGGAAAGACUGACUUUCAUGAAGAAAGUUGUCCGUAUGAUGGGACGGAAUCACACAGCCAUUACAGUGACAUGUCUGCCCCAAAAAAUGGUGGUUGAAAUCAGCAAAGAUACACUGCAGAUGCUGGGUACCUUGCCUUCUAAAAUUACCCUGAGAGACCAGUCAUGUACGGCAACAUCAAACAGCACUCACUUCCUGCUUGAAACACCACUCAAUUCCUGUGGAACUGUAACAGCAACUGACCCACUGGGUGAAGGAUUUGAUAUCCUGUAUCAAAAUUCUGUGUUACUAUGGCAACAGUCUCCCAUUGCCCAAGCCAAACAGGAUGAUUUUAAUGAAACACUUUCCACACAGCAGAAGGCAGAGGAUGGGCCAAGAAUUCUUAAUUUUAGCUGUGUGUAUCCUACAUUUGAACCACCAACUGCAAGUCUGGAGGAUAAACCGAAUGAAGAAGAAGUAGAAGCUGUGAAUUUUCCUGUAUUCCUGAGUAAUGCUCUCUUUCGCCUUGAUCUGUAUAACUCAGAGCUUUUCACUCAACGUCAACAUGGCGCCUAUAAAGUUGUAGUUAAUAGCCAUGUGUUUGUAGAGGUCACAAUGACACUCAGGAGUGCAAAGCUGAGCUUCACAAUCUUAAAGUGUUAUCACUCACCAGCCUCAGACCCUGAGCAGCACACAGGCCAUGCUCUGAUCGAGAAGGCAUGCCCAUUGGAUGAAUCAGUCACAUUCUAUGCCACCCAUCAUAGAGGCCUGCCUAUUAAUCCAACCUCUCAAGAGCAUCAGAGAUUCAGUUUCCUACUCAGGCCAUUGUACAAUGAUUCCAUUCAGUUUCUGCACUGCAAACUCACCAUGUGCCACAAAGGUAUCCAAAGGAACAAGAAUUCUCCAAGCAUUCCAGAGUGUGUCCCUCUGGAUGAAGUGUGUACUGGCAGUAGCUCUAACCAAGAGUUGGCAGUGGGAAUCUUCAGUCGAACAGUCUCAAAGCCCAUGAUUGUCCUGAUAGAUACUGAGCUCGGAUUUUCAGACAAUCACAAAGCACCACCUGAAGCUGAAGGAGGCAGUACCGAUGCAUCCUCUGACACCAGUGUGAUGUCCCGUUUUGGCCUGCUGCAGCCACAUGCUGACCAGGGAAUACCUCUUCCUGGAGUCACGGGAAUUGCAUUUGCUGCAUUCUUAAUUGGUAUAAUUUUGACUGGAGCCAUGUGGUUUAUAUAUUAUCAGACAGAUGCAGCUAAAAUGGUGCGACAUGUCCCUGUGCAGUCAGUUGGAUCAGAAAGCAGAGAAAUGGCAGUAAGCAGCUCCCCAUUAACUCCAAUGGAGUAUGCAACAACCAUGAUCUAGUGUUCUGUGAUUCAUGCAUGCUCAGUCAUUGUUACCAGGAAAACAGAUUAUUGUGGAAUAAUAGAAAGAUUACUGCUGCAUCUCUGAGAAAUGUGAAUAGUACUGCAGUAACUGUUUUGAUGUUUGGACUGUACUACAGUGACAAAACUUGGAUCUGAAGAAAUCUACACAACUAGCUGGGGUUCAGUAUAGUGUAUCUUAUUGUGGACUACUUAGCAGUUUUCACUGUUGAUUGCUUACAGAUGAUGAUUUUGCAUGUGUAGUGAAAUACAUCAGAAUGUGUGGAAUUUGCCCUUCCUGUUUUUAAAAUCACACUUAAGCCUCUGCCAUAUCAGUAGACCGAUAAACCACUCAGUGUUCAUGACCAGUACAUUAAUCAAAGUACAAGGAUUUCUCUUUAUAUUGCUCCGUUUUGAAAUCAUCUUCCAUUUGUGCUUCCCUGUUCAACGCUUAUACAUGUAUACUACUUUAUUUCCUUGUUUUCCUUGGGUUCUAAUAGUACGUUCUACAAGACAAACAUCACAAGAUGUCCUCCAUGCCUGCAAGCCCACAUUGUUUCCUAAUGAUCUCUAGCAAAAACUUGAUCACAAAAAUGUGCUUUCUGACCAAGAAUUUUAAUCUUAUUUAUUAUGUAAAACAUAAACGUAAAAAAGUUAAGAAGUAUUACAUUGUAUGCAGAGCUAGUAAAAAAAUGUGUGCUUUGUUUACAAGCAAAGGUAGUAACAUACCAAGAAAGGAGUCCCUUCCCUCAUGUAAUAAGGAAUUACAGUAGCUUUUUAGGCCUAUAUUUGCCUUCAUGGGUAAACAGCUGCAUACUCUGCAACUUUAAUAACUGUGAUUUCCAUAGAACCUCCCCCCCCCCCCCCCAUGGUAAAAGCAGCAGAGGAGUGCCCAUUCUCAAGCCCCAUGAACAUACUUCUUAAUUAUUGGACCUUCCACAUGACAGCAUGAGUCUACCAUCUGUUAGGCAGCCUUUUAUAGAGUUAUCAACCUUCUUAUCUGCAUGGAUUGUGUAGGUGUUGUAAGAAUGAAUAUGAGACCAUGUAUUACUCAGUGCUCUGUACACCCUCAUGCUCCUUGUCCAUCUAGUUAUGAUAAUCCCAACCAAUCAAAUUGGGACGGCAAGCACAUUGCUAACAGAGUCCUUGUGCAUGCAUGCAAUUAUGCAAGAAAGGCAAUCCAAGGCAGGUGGACGAAGCUUGGUUAAACACAAGUCAAACAAUCCAAGUAACAGAAUAACCAGUCAACACGGUUGAAUCCAAUGAAGUAGCAGUUCCAAAGUUUAAUUAAGCAGCAUAAAGGUUAAAUAAAACAGCAUAAAAACAUCCAAGAAAAAGACAAGCCCUUUCACACCUAUCCAGGUGCUUCUUCAGAUCUAAAAUGCUGCUUAAAUAUGUGCAGUUUCAGAUCUACCUCUUAAGGUCAUAUGACCUAAGCAGUGGUCUUAAAGGAACAUAGUAAUUUAGACCCUUCCCUCUGUCACUUUCUAAUUCUAAAAUCCAUUUAGUUUCAAUGCAUUCUGUUUUAGUGCUGACAUCACCACCUCUAAUGCAGACAUUAAAAGGUUGUAGCACAAUAAAUUUAAACCUAUGGGUACUUCCAGCGACUAAAAUAUGUUUUGACAGUGCAUUUGUUUUUAUCUUUUCUAGACACAUCAUAAAUGUGUUCACGUACAUGGUUUUUCAAAGCUCUGUUAGUUUUACCAACAUAAAAGCUUUAACAAACAGUGCAGCUAGCUAAAUAAACAAGAUUACAGCUGUUACAAUCUGCAAAGAAAUUGAAUUUAUAAACCUGCUGACUCUCAGGAUGCUCAAAUCAGUCAGUAGUUUCAAUAAACUGACACAUAUUACAGUCUCUACAAGGAUUAGUUCCUGUUUUAUUAGUAAUCCUUGAUUUCUUCUGAAUAGGUUUAAAACACAGCAUUUUUCCUGAAAGAAGUAUUGUUCUUAAAACAAAACUUAGGAACCUCACAUAAAAUAGUUUUGUUACUAUCAUCACAUGUAAGGACAUGCCAGUGUUUUUUUAAUAAUUUCACAGACAGAGCUAAUAUCAUUUGAGAAGGUAAUGCUCAUUCUCAGUGCGUCUCCUUGUGACACCCUAGAACUCUUAGCCUCUGGGUCUUGAUAAGAGAAAUAUGGUAUGGCCUGGACAUUCCUAUUAGAUAGAACCCCUUGUUACGCUACAUCUAUUUCAUGCUGUCGGUAGCCUCUAUUAGUAAAAUCAUUUGCCAGCUCAUCAGAAGCAGAUAUCAUACAUUCAUCAUCUGCAUUGAGGCUGGCAUACCUAUACAACUAUCCUUUCAAAAUAUUCCUGGGAAUAUGUUGUGGGUGCAUACACUGCCAAUGUAAAAUACUGCAUUUUUACAAGAUUUUUUGUAAACUUGAGUGUCUAAACCAUUCAGUUUCUUGGUGAUUUUAACAUCUAAAAACUCAAUAUUCUCAGCAGAGAACUUGGCUUAGCUCUGUUUUUUCUGUAGAUGGCCCACCUUUGUUGAGAGGGAUAACUGUUGCUGUUCUACAUUCAUGAGGCAUAAAGCCUGU